AUGAUUUUGGCAGUUACAACGAGAGCUCAAGCCGCGCGACAAACAUUUUCAGAUGGUACGACCACGACACAAAAGGUUAAUGCGGUUUCGCAGCUAGUCCAGGAUCAUCAGUCCGACCCUAUUCCACAAGAAGAAAAAAUCACUGUUUUUAAUUACGAUGAUCUUCGGCGAUAUCAACAAAAUGAUGAAGAAGUAAAACAGAUAAUUGAACAGUUAAAAACGCCUAAAUAUAAACAACUCUAUUUUUUAAAAGAUGAGCUACUCAUGCGCCGACAAAAACCCAAACUUUCUGUCCCAUUCGUACCAGCAGGUAAACUUCGAGUAUCUAUUCUGAAAGCCUAUCAUGAUACUCCGGCUAAUGGAGCCCAUUUUGGGCGUGACAAAACACUGAAACGAAUUCAGGAACGAUAUUUUUGGCCGUCAUUGCAUCGUGAUACAAAAAAUCAUGUGAAAUCCUGUCUUCCCUGUCUUCAGUACAAUCAUUCAAGACGAAAGUGUGAUGGAGCACUAAAGCCGAUUAAACCACCGGAGGGUGUCUGGCAGCUAUUAGCGAUGGAUUAUCACGGUCCAAUUAUCCCAUCAUCGGCGAGAGGACAUAAGUAUAUUAUAUCUAUCACCGAUAUUAUGUCUAAAUUUGUUAUUGCUAAAGCCGUGCGCGACAACAGUGCAAAAACGGCUGCAGAAUUUCUUCAGCAGGAAGUAAUCACUAAAUACGGGACACCCCGAUGUAUACUAACGGACAAUGGAUCACAUUUCACAGCAAUGAUGUUUAACAACCUAUUAAAAAGCAUUGGGGCGACACAUCUUUAUUCAACACCUUAUCAUCCUCAGACAAAUGGUCAAAUAGAACGAUUUAAUGCAACAAUGGAUGCGAAAAUCGCGGUGCUAGCUAAUGAACGAAAAACAAACUGGCAUGAACAGUUAUCUUUUGUUACAUUUAUCUAUAAUACCAGCGUACACGCCACCACCAAACACAUUCCAUUUGAGUUAAUGUAUGGCAGAAAACCUGUCCUACCAUUCGAUCCUCAGUCCUCAGUUGUAUCGACAAUGGAAAGGGACGAAUAUUUACAGUAUGCGAAGGACUACAUUUCGUCUCUAACCCAGGAUAUGAAACGAAUUGUCCUCAACAGUCAACGAAAAUACAAGGAGAAGUACGAUUUAAAUCGAAGUAAUCCAACAUAUUCAAUAGGAGACUUAGUUCUUGUCAAAACAACAGCGGCGAGAAAUAAGUUUUCUGUGCGUAAUGAAGGUCCGUUUCGGGUGCAGAAACAAUUGGGACCGAAAACGUAUGUUGUUGAGCACGUGCGAAAACCAGAAUAUCAAAAACAAAUCAAGUUUUAUUAUUUUUAA